AUGGCCUUUAACAUUGAAACUGUACCAACUAAACCUUAUCAAGAUCAAAAACCUGGUACGUCUGGUUUACGUAAAAGAGUAGCAGUAUUUGAAAAACAAGAAAACUAUGUUGAAAAUUUUGUUCAAUCUGUAUUUCUUGCAAUCCCAGAAGGUUGUAAAGGUGCAACUCUGGUCGUUGGUGGUGAUGGUAGAUAUUAUAAUGAUGUUAUCUUACAUAAGAUUGCAGCUAUUGGUGCGGCUAAUGGUAUUAAAAAAUUGGUAAUUGGUCAAGAUGGAUUAUUAUCAACACCAGCUGCUUCGCAUAUUAUGAGAACUUAUGAAGAAAAAUGUACUGGUGGUAUUAUAUUAACAGCAUCUCAUAAUCCAGGUGGCCCAGAUAAAGAUAUGGGUAUUAAAUAUAAUUUAUCAAAUGGUGGUCCAGCCCCAGAACCUGUUACUAAUAAAAUUUGGGAAAUUUCAAAACAAUUAACCGAAUAUAAAAUUAUUAAAGAUUUCCCUGAAAUGGAUUUAUCAACUUUAGGUAAAAAUAAAAAAUAUGGUCCAUUAUUAGUUGAUGUUAUUGAUAUUACUAAAGCUUAUGUUGAUUUCCUAAAAGAAAUUUUUGAUUUCCCAUUAAUCAAGAAAUUCAUUCAUGAACAACGUGAUCAAAAACACUGGAAGUUAUUAUUAGAUAGUAUGAAUGGUGUUACAGGUCCAUAUGGUAAAGCGAUUUUUGGUGAUGAAUUCGAAUUACCAGCUGAUGAAGUAUUACAAAACUGGCAUCCAAGUCCAAAUUUUGGUGGUAUGCAUCCAGAUCCAAAUUUAACUUAUGCAAAGACAUUAGUUGAUAGAGUUGAUCGCGAAAAGAUUGAAUUUGGAGCCGCAUCAGAUGGUGAUGGUGAUAGAAAUAUGAUUUAUGGUGCAGGCCCAGCUUUUGUAUCUCCAGGUGAUUCUGUUGCAAUUAUUUCCGAAUACGCAAAGGAUAUUCCAUAUUUUGCUAAACAAGGUAUUUAUGGUCUUGCACGUUCUUUCCCAACUUCAAGUGCACUAGAUAGAGUCGCUAAGGCUCAUGGCUUAGAAUGUUAUGCUGUACCAACAGGUUGGAAAUUUUUCUGCGCUCUAUUUGACGCUAAGAAAGUUUCUAUUUGUGGUGAAGAAUCGUUUGGUACAGGUUCUAAUCAUGUAAGAGAAAAAGAUGGUUUAUGGGCAAUUAUUGCUUGGUUAAAUCUUCUAGCUAUUUACAAUAAACAACAUCCAGAUAAGGAAGCCUCUAUUAGAACUAUUCAAAAUGAAUUUUGGAAUAAAUAUGGUAGAACAUUUUUCACUCGUUAUGAUUAUGAACAUGUAUCUUCAGAGGAUGCUGCUAAAGUAAUUGAAAAUUUAAGAUCAAAUAUUGAAUCAUCAAGUUUUGUUGGUUCUACUAUUCCAAGUGCUACAGGUGAACCUUUAGUUGUCACUGAGGCAGGUGAUUUCUCCUAUACUGAUCUUGAUGGUUCUGUUUCAGCACAUCAGGGUUUAUAUGCUAAAUUAUCUAAUGGUGCAAGAUUUGUUACUAGAUUAUCAGGUACAGGUUCUACAGGCGCAACAAUUAGAUUGUAUAUUGAACAAUAUACUGAUGAUAAGAGUACCUAUCCAUUAGAUGCUCAAGUUUAUUUGAAAUCAACUAUUGAUCCAGUGGUUAAAUUCUUAAAAUUAAAAGAAUUUAUUGGUACUGAAGAGCCAACUGUCCGUACUUAG